CUAUUUAUUUAAACUGUGGGGAAAGUUCUCUACUAGGUACAAAUUAGCUAGAGUAGGUAAUUGUAACACACUGGUAGUGACACUAUUGGAUACAAGCGAGUGUACUCAUCGUGGGGCAUUAAGUGCAAUACACUUAACCUGUUUACAAUUUCCAUUCGAUACAAGCUUUGAAACAGCUAUGCAUUUUCAGGAGUGGUUACAAUCACUUCGUACCAGUGGGGGGGUUCGAGGACCUGAAAACAAAGACUUCUGGAGCCUUGUCCCCUCUCUCCCUUUGUCGUCCUCUUUCUCCUUCCCCUCCCUCUCUCUAUCCCCGUCCUCUCUGCUGGGUAUAGGGGCUCUGGCCUCCUUCACUGCAUACUGGCUGGUGACUCGCCCUCGGCCCAUGCGCCCCCCUUGUGAUCUGAAUGCCCAGUCUAUCCCUGUACAGGGAGAGCCCAAUUGGAGGCGUUCAGCUUUGCUCAAGGAUGAUGUUCUGUUGGAGUUCUACUAUGAUGACACCAGGACAGCCUAUGACAUGUUCCAGAGAGGACUGAGAGUGGCAGGGGAUGGCCCAUGCCUUGGCUUUAGGAAACCUGGGGAACCUUACCAGUGGAUAUCCUACACUGAGGUGGCUGAACAGGCACAGGUGCUGGGCUCUGGGCUUUUGGGCAAAGGCUGCCAACCAAACCCUGAGCAGUUAGUUGGAAUAUUUGCCCAGAACAGGCCAGAGUGGAUCAUUUCAGAGCUGGCCUGCUACACCUUCUCAAUGGCUGUGGUGCCCCUGUAUGACACACUUGGAGAGGAGGCCAUGGUGCAUAUCCUCAACCUGGCUGAGAUCUCCCUGGUGAUCUGUGACAAGGAGGAGAAGGCAGAGUCCCUUCUGGGGAAUAAGGAGAAGGGUGUGACUCCUACUCUCUCCUGUCUGGUGCUCUUCAAUCCCUGCAGUGAUGCCAUAGUGGAGAGGGGGAAGAACUGUGGAGUGGAGAUUCUUGAACUCACACAGCUCAUGGAACUUGGACGACAGAACCUCAAAGAUCCUGCGCCACCCCAACCCCAGGACCUGGCAGUCGUGUGCUUCACCAGUGGAACCACAGGAAAGCCCAAGGGAGCCAUGAUCACCCACGGCAACAUCGCCUCCAAUUCCUCCUCUGUUAUUAAGAUCCUGGAGGGGUCAUUUGUAAUUCAGCAAGAGGACGUGUCAAUAUCUUACCUGCCUCUUGCCCACAUGUUUGAGAGGAUGAUUCAGGUGUCCAUGCUAUGUCAUGGGGCCAGGGUAGGAUUCUACCAGGGGGAUAUCUCCCUGCUCAUGGAUGAUAUUAAGACUCUGAAACCCACCUUCUUCCCAGUGGUGCCUCGCCUACUCAACCGCAUCUACGACAAGAUCUUAGGCUCCGUGACGUCCCCAUUGCGCCGGGCAGUGCUGCACUAUGCAGUGAGGAGGAAGCAGGCUGAGCUCAGCAGUGGGGUGGUACGUAACAACAGUCUGUGGGACAGGCUGGUGUUCAACAGGAUUCAGGCUAAUUUAGGAGGUAAUCUGAGGUUCAUCCUGACCGCCUCGGCCCCCAUCUCCCCCACCGUGCUCUCCUUCCUCAGGGCCACCCUCGGCUGUCUGAUCUUUGAGGGCUACGGUCAGACUGAAUGCACAGCAGGCUGCACCUUCUCCAUGCCAGGUGACUGGAGUGCAGGCCAUGUUGGUGCUCCAUUGCCCUGUGCCAUGGUGAAGUUGAUUGACAUUCCUGAUAUGAACUAUUAUGCCAAGAACGGAGAAGGAGAGAUCUGUAUCCGUGGCCACAGUGUGUUCCGGGGAUACCUGAAAGAUGAGGAGAAAACAACAGAGGCCCUGGACCGUGAUGGCUGGCUGCACAGUGGAGACGUGGGCCAGUGGCUACCGAAUGGGACACUUCGCAUCAUCGACAGGAAGAAGCACAUCUUCAAGCUGUCCCAGGGAGAGUACAUUGCCCCUGAGAAGAUUGAGAAUGUCUACAUGCGUUGUGUCCCUGUGCUACAGGUCUUUGUGCACGGAGACAGCCUACAGUCUCACCUGAUCGGUAUUGUUGUGCCAGACCCAGAAGUGUUCAUUGACUGGGUUAAGAAGAGGGGAAUCGUUGGAUCCUAUGAGGAACUCUGCCAGAAUCCAGAUGUGAAGAAAGAAGUGUUAGAAGACAUGACAGCCGUGGGGAAGGAAGCUGGGCUGAAGUCAUUUGAGCAGGUGAAGGACCUGCACCUGCAUCCAGAGAUGUUCAGUGUGAGCAACGGUCUCCUCACCCCCACUCUGAAGACCAGACGAGUGGACAUCCACAGGGUCUUCCAGGAACAGAUCACAAACAUGUAUAGCACAACAGCCAUCUAGAAGACCUCUAUCCACUAACAUGCUCACACACUCCAAUGACAUUUACAGUUGAAGUCGGGAAGUUUACAUACACUUAGGUUGGAGUCAUUAAAACUCAUUUUUCAACCACUCCACAAAUGUCUUGUUAACAAAUUAUAGUUUUGGUAAGUCGGUUAGGGCA